AUGUAUCUUCCACCUUCUAAAAUUCGUUACACGGGUUGUGAACAAGUUUUGGAUUCGUCCCACCUGAAAGCGGAUCCAGCUUCGAUAGAAAAUUACAAGAAAAUGCAGGAAAGAGGAGAGUAUCCACACUUACAAGUUGUAGAAAAGUGCGGAUUGUUCUUUACGUUAAACAAUACCAAAUUGUGUUUAUAUAAAACAUUAGAAAGGGAAGGCUUGUGUAAAUUGGUACGUGUAGAAAAGGUUCACGUGUCCAACGUACCCGAGGGUAUAGAAACUUUAAUGCUGAUGCCACCAGAUCACAACAAAAAGGUUCAAACAUAUGUAUGUACUGCUGGAGACAAAGAAACACAAAUAGAACAACCUGGUACUGAUUCUGAAAGUGAUGAUUCCGAUGACGAUCUUUCUGAUAGUGUUUGCGAUUGGAGUGAAGACGUAAAAGAGGAAAGCUCUGAUUCGGAUGAAGAUAAGUCAGAGGACGAAACAGUCGGACUUCUGUGA